AUGCUGCUUCUGCUCAUAAGUGCUUUUGUCCUUCUCCCAUGGGCUGGGGCAGGAAGGAUCACUGGUGGAUGGGAAGUUAAGCCCCACUCCAGGCCCUACAUGGCCUAUGUAUCAAUUACAAGUGAUUUAGAUGGAUGUAAUCCAGAGACAUUUCCGUGUGGAGGCUUCUUGAUCCACCCACAUGCAGUGCUCUCAGCAGCUCACUGUGUGGCUGGAAAAAGGAAAGUGACUAUCAGAGUGACCCUGGGAGCCCACAACAUAAAAAAGGAAGAACCAAGUUGGCAGGUGUUCCACAUUGACCACUGGGUCAUCCAUCCCAAUUAUUCAGACACUAACUACAAAAAUGACAUCAUGCUGCUGAAGCUGAAGCCAAAAGCAAAUCUGACUAAGGAAGUCAAGACCAUCUCCCUUGCCAGUCAAAAUGAUUAUGUGAAACCAGGAAGGACAUGCCAAGUAGCUGGCUGGGGCAAGACAUCACUAAAUGAAGGCCUAAGUAGUGUUCUGAGAGAAGUGGACCUGAAGGUGCAGAGAGAAGAAGAGUGUGUGGAGACUUUCAAGAUGAAGUACAUACAGCAGUCUAUGGUCUGUGCUGGUGAUAAGGAUGGCAAAAAAUCUACUUUCCGUGGUGAUUCUGGUGGCCCCUUGGUCUGCAAAGGGAAGGCUCAUGGCAUCGUUUCUUAUGGACGCAGAAAUCACUUCUUCCCUAAAGUAUUUACCAGAGUGUCCUAUUUUGAGCCCUGGAUAUGUAAAGAGCUGAGGAAGUUUCUGCUUCAAGACCUGCCUGAGUGUUCCUCUUCUGACUAA